AUGAAUUCGACAACUACUACAUCUACAUCUAAUGGAUGGAUACUGCAUAUACUAGCAGAACAGCCAGUUAUAUUAAUUACCAUCCCUCUUUGCAUUUUGUUUAUUUAUUUCACCAAGACUAAAAAUGGUAAACUGAAAUCAAAAGCAUCUACAACAAGCAAGCCAUCGGGUAGAGCAUCAGCUUCAAAGAUGGACCAACGUCCAUUUGGCUAUUGGAAGCCAAAUUACUCUUUCAAAACACCAACGCCACCUCCAUUCCCAAACUGGUCAGUGACUGAAACCAAACCAAUACCAUAUCGUGCAUUUAAGCACAAGUAUACUAUAACUAUGGGUAUACGAAACAUGGACUGGCAUUCUUGGAUUGAAUUGGAUAGCCAAUGGAAGUAUUACCAUGACUUAAAAUUGAAACGUCUUGCAACGAAAGGUGAUGAGUUGUACAAGACUAGCCCCAAGGCAGUUGCUGCAUCAUGGGAAUUUCUUGAAGAGUUAUUGGAUUAUUUACCAGUGAGGUAUCCUUCAAUGUUUCACUAUGAUAAAGAGAAGCGUAUGGUAAAGAUUUUAGCUACUGAUGAAGUAUAUGACUUGAAUCUUGAAGACUGUGAUCCUAUUGUAACUGCUGCCAAAUUGAUUCAAGAUGAUAUUGCAAUCAUGGUUGAAAAUGAAGAUGAUGGUCAAUAUUCAUUAGAGCUGGGAUGUAUUACAUUGGCAGGAUUUUGGAAGAUUAAAGACAAGUUUCAAAUGAAAUUGGAUCAAAUUCAUACUUCAGGUGAUGUUCCCAAAUACAAAACUCAUUUAGGACCAGCAAUGAAUAAGUUUUUCCGUCGUUUAACCGUUGAAGCACCCGUGGUGAGGAACAAUUAUUUCAUUCAAACUGAUAAUCAUUUAGAUUGGUCUUCAUCAAUCGGAUCAGAGGAGGAAGCAGACGUUGGAUGGAAUACUGCUCCUGAUGCUACUGAUAUCAACAAUUUAUAUUUUCGAAGUGAACGUCAAAGUUUGAGACGAUUGCCCAAGACGGGGGCUGUUGCAUUUACUGUACGUACUUAUUUCAUCCCCAUGGUUGAAUUAUGUAAGGAACCAUAUGUUCCCAGAAGAUUAUUGAAUGGAAUAACCAGUUGGGAUGAAGAUGUCAAUGAGUAUAGAGGUUUUUACAAGUUCAAAGAUGUGUUAUUGCCAUACUUGGAGAAAAUGGCUGAAGAGCAAGAAGCAAAUGGGUUGGAUAGGAUGCUGGAACCACAAGCAUAUCCAUACUAA